AUGGCAACUUACACUACAGAAGAAAACGAGAAUACUGUGACAUUAUAUCUUAAAUAUAAAAGUGAAUUUGAAACAGCUAUCGAAGAUACUCGGAAUGUAAAGGGUAAAGAAAAUCCUGGAGUGAAAUGUGGUCGAAUGCAGGGAAAUUAUCCUGAUUUUACUACACCAUGCCAAGAGGUUGGUAGAUAUUUAAUUGAAAUAAAGGAAAACUAUGAAUCCGAUAGCAUCAAACGUUGUAAAUACUUAAAUUAUAGGAUAAAUUCAGAUGAUAAUUAUAAUAAGAAUUUUAAAUGGUUUCAGGGAUAUAGAGAAUUUUCGUCCAAAACAGAAAAUAUAUGCAAGAACGAAAUAAUAAAUAUUAAUUCUGAAAUUUUAAAAAACCUUAAAACACUAUAUAGUUAUUAUGAAGAUUUUGAAAAUUAUAAUGGUACAAUUGAUACUUCUACUAGUAGUACUUGUAAUAAAAUUGAAGAAUGUUACCAAUUUUAUAUCCAACAUUACAAAGAAUGUCAAAAAAAAAGUAAUGACGCUUUUUGUGAGGAGUUAAUAAAUUUUAAGAAUGCAUAUGAUGAAAAAAUGAAUAAAUUAACUCCAUGCAAUGGUUUACCACACACGUUACCACAACUAGAACAAACUUCAGCACAAAUAUUACCACCUAAAGAAGAAGAUUACUUAUUUGUUCCCAUUUUAACAACAGCUAUCGUAUUACUAAUGUCUUUCACUAUAUUUUUUUUAUAUAAGUUUACACCACUGAAAUCUUGGACAUAUAAUCGUUUACGAAAAAAAAAAAUUAUUGAACUUAACAAAUUUCAAGAAGAAUCGAGAGAAUCCCUACAAAACCUUCAUGAAGAAGUAAAUAGAAAUUAUGAAGGAAGUUCUCAUAAUAUAUCCUAUCAAUCUCAAGGACACACUUGA